GUCAAUCGUUGUUGCUCACUACAUUUAAUAUAGCAAAUGUCGUCUGGAGCAGCAGUACCUCCCCUGCAGGACCUUUCUCCUCCAAAUGGAUUCCCGCAUACAAUCAAAUACAAGCGAUAUCUUCCUGCUCGUGGCCCUUCAGGCGCCGUCAUGAUUCUCGCUACUAUUGGCAUCAUGAGCUAUGGAUGGUGCAUGGUUCUAGAUGCCAAUCAAGAAAACAGAGAGUUGCUUAGAGAAAAAGCUUACGCUCGUAUAUUUCUUGCACCUCUUUUGCAAGCCGAAACUGAUCGAGAUCUGGUUCGUCGCCUCGACUGUCUCAAGGGGCGUGAGGCUGGCAUGAUGAAGGAUCGAACAGAUUGGUCUGUUCUAGAUCUGAAAGCACCAGUUCAAGGCAUUGGCAAAGGUGGUGUUCGUGACUCUGCACAGUCUGAGCCUGUUUACCACACCAAGCGGUAUGUGAGCCCCACAUAUGUGUACCUUCCUCAAGACAACAAGGAAGACACAUCGUUUUCGAUUCUCAGUCCUCAAUGGUGGCGUGGAUCUACCAUGUCCACAAAGAAUCUUCGUUACCACAACCGGGCUGAUUUUACUACCGAGUAUCCCAUUGGAAAAUAAAUUCUGAAUCCCAAGAU